AUAACAAAAAUAUUUAUUUCUAUUAUAUUAAUUUCAUUUUCAUCAAUUAUAUAUUUUCUAAAUCAUCCUUUAUCAAUAGGAAUUAUAAUUUUAACUCAAACUCUUUUAACUUGUAUUAUUUUAGGAAUAUUAAUUAAAACAUAUUGUUUUUCUUAUAUUUUAUUUUUAACAUUUUUAGGGGGAUUAUUAGUUUUAUUUAUUUAUGUUUCAAGUAUUGCUUCAAAUGAAUUAUUUAUUAUAACAUUUAAAAUAAAAAUAUUUAUCUUAUUAAUCACUAUAAUAAAUAUUUUAUUAAGAAUCUUAUUAAUAAAUAAUUUAAAUUGAAUAAAUUUAAGUAUUUCUUCAGAAAUAGAAAAAUUUUUUAAUUAUUAUUUUUUUUUUAAUAAUGAAAAUAAAAUUAAUUUAAAUAAAUUAUAUAAUAAUCAAACUUUUUUCACUAUAAUAAUAAUAAUUAUCUAUCUAUUUAUUACAUUAGUAGCAGUAGUAAAAAUCACUAAUAUUUUUUAUGGACCUUUACGAUCAACAAUAUAA